CCAAUGUAAUCUCAUACUUUCUUGGCAAUUGACAAUGACUAGGGUUUCUUUUGUUGAUCUGCACCUUUUAAACCCUACUAUAUUCAUAUUCUCCCAAUUCUUAACUUGUUUGGAAGGAACAUUCAUUCACCAAAACCUAACAACAACAGAUGGGGAAUCUUGUUUGUUGCGUGCAAGUUGACCAAUCGAAAGUCGCUAUAAAAGAAGGAUUCGGAAAGUUUGAGAAGGUGCUUCAACCAGGGUGCCAUUGCCUACCAUGGUUCCUUGGUAAACAAAUUGCUGGUCAUGUGUCUCUUCGGCUACAGCAGUUGGAUAUCAAAUGUGAGACCAAGACAAAGGAUAAUGUCUUUGUCAACGUUGUUGCUUCCAUUCAAUACCGUGUCUUGGCAGACAGGGCCAAUGAUGCGUUUUACAAACUUACCAACACUAGAACACAACUUCAAGCUUAUGUGUAUGAUGUGAUUAGGGCAAGUGUUCCAAAACUCAACUUGGAUGAUGCUUUUGAGCAGAAAAAUGAAAUUGCAAAAGCUGUGGAACAAGAACUUGAGAAGGCUAUGUCAGCUUAUGGAUAUGAAAUUGUUCAAACACUGAUUACUGAUAUAGAGCCAGAUGUGCAUGUGAAGCGGGCUAUGAAUGAAAUCAAUGCUGCUGCAAGAAUGAGGGUGGCAGCUAAUGAGAAGGCAGAGGCAGAGAAGAUCUUGCAAAUUAAGCGAGCUGAGGGUGAAGCUGAGUCCAAAUAUCUCUCUGGGAUGGGUGUUGCUCGCCAACGCCAAGCCAUUGUGGAUGGUUUGAGAGACAGUGUGAUUGGAUUUUCGGUUAAUGUACCAGGGACAACUGCAAGAGAUGUCAUGGAUAUGGUCCUUGUGACUCAAUACUUCGACACCAUGAAAGAAAUUGGUGCCACCUCCAAGUCUUCUGCUGUGUUCAUUCCACAUGGACCUGGUGCUGUUCAUGACGUAGCUAGCCAAAUCCGUGAUGGACUUCUCCAGGGUUCUCUUCCUCAUUAGUAGCUUCUAUUCCUCGAAUUUUGUAUCUAAUUUGUAGUGGAGUAUGGUGAUUUUUUAAUGCUUUUAGUUGUAAUGCCUCAGUAUGUUGAAUCAAGUUCCACUAUGAUUG